GCUCAAAAUGGGGAAGUUUCUGUAAAUUUUUAAAAAUCGUGUUAAUCUCAGAAUAUAUCCGUACUUACAGUGUAUUAUGGGCAGAAAGAGAAAAAUAUCGGAAGAUAUAGAAGUAGAUGUUGAGGUGACAGACCCACCUUUUGAGGUUGAUGUCGAUGACUCUGCCAGUCUUAGCAGUCCACACAAAAAGCAUAAAAAGCACAAGAAAAAGCACAAGAAGAAAAAAGAUGAAACAAGCUUCUCCAGUGAGCCUUCAUCAGACCUUGGUAGCAGUCCAGCCACACCUAGUAAACCUUCAAUUAAACUGAAGAUUAAGCUAGGAGGAAAGACUCUCACAUCCAAAGAUGUUCCCCCACCAAAGGCCAAAGAGCAAGCUAACAGGGAAGGGCCUGUGGCUGAUAAUGAGCCUGAUAUUAAGACCAAGAGCAAGGGAGAUGACACAUCAGAUGAGGAAGAAGUCUGGCUUAAAGCCCUGGAGAAAGGAGAACUGGAUGACUAUGGAAGAGUAAAGGCAGAUAAGGACCUCAGUCUAAUGACAGCAAGACAGCGGGCGAUGAUCGUAGGUCAGAGUGAGGCUGAGCUGAUGCAGUUACCAACAGGUUAUAAGAAGUCUGACUUAACAGAUGAGCAAAAGGAGCGCAGAAAGCAACGAGCUGAUAAAAGAAAAGUAUUGGCACAUGAAAAAAGAGAAAAAGAUAAGAAACAAACUAUUGACAGACUUUUGAAGAAGCAAGAAUCUAAGCAGAAAUCCACAAAGGCAAGACAAGCUGGGAAGAAAGCUCAGAAACCGCACGUAAGAUAUCUAAGGACCUUGAAUCAAAGAAGUAUCUCUCUUCCCCCCAAUGUGCCAUUCCCACUCAAACAUCAGCCUCCAAUCAAUCCGCCAAAACAACAGCUAUGUGGAUUAAAAGGCUGCAAGAAUGCCAGGAAAUACUCGUGCUCAAAAACUGGACUUUCCCUGUGUGGACUUGAAUGUUACAAUAAAAAUAAAUCUGCAAAUAAACAUCUCUGGAAUACUGUCAGGUAGCACAAACUGGUACAGACUAGUGAGUGUGUAGUUGUCAUGAUGGACUGUAAUUGUCAUUAAAAACAGAUUACA